CCUACCUCCGUCUGUUUUCUCCUACUGGCCGGACGAGCAGCACAGGCGCAUUCAGCUGUACAGAAGAAAUGACCGCUGUUUUGAAACGAAGAGUCGACUGGAUGUCAGCACUUCUCUAGAUUAACAUGCCGAUUCAUUCAUCCUUCACGAGAUACCAUAUGAAUUAGGUCCAACACUGUGCUUCUGGAUUCAUUGCCCUUCUGUCUGCCUUCAGGACCUUUGAAGUAGGUGCAAAUGCCAAACACUUAAAGCUUAAUAGUCAAGUCUGCUACGUCUCACAAGACAGUGAGAAAAUCCGAUUGCAAUGGGAAACCAGCUGACAGAGAUUGCUCCCAACACUCCGUUUCUGCCUAACUUUCACUCCCUCCAUGUGGUGGUCAUUGGGCUGGACUCUGCAGGCAAAACCUCCCUCCUUUACCGACUUAAAUUGAGGGAGUUUGUCAAAACUAUUCCAACCAAGGGCUUUAACAUGGAGAAGAUCAAAAUGCCGGUGGGCAAUGGACGAGCCAUUACGUUCCAAGUAUGGGACGUGGGUGGUCAGGACAAACUGCGGCCACUGUGGAAGUCGUACACACGCCGCACUGAUGGCAUGGUUUUCGUUGUGGACUCCGCCGAAGCAGAACGUAUGGAGGAGGCCAAGGUGGAGCUUCAUAAGAUCACACGCACGUCAGAGAACCAAGGUGUGCCUGUGCUUGUACUAGCCAACAAGCAGGAUCUUCCGGUUGCCCUACCUGUUAGUGAGGUGGAGAAGGUUUUGGCUGUGCAUGAACUGAGCACUAACACCUUUCACCAUGUGCAAGGCUGUAGUGCUGUGGAUGGCCAAGGCCUUCAGCUGGGCCUAGAGAAACUGUAUGAGAUGAUCCUUAAAAGAAAAAAGGUCGUGAGGCACAGCAAGAAAAAGAGAUAAGCGGCUUAAGGACCCCCUUUAAGCACAGUUAUCUUGCUUGUGAACCUCCACAGCGGUUUCUGCGUUAUUGCAGGAUUUUGCUAGGAACAAAGAAACCCUUCCAGAUGGCUUUGGAGUCAAACUGGCUUUGACCUUUAUCUAUCACACAGUAUUGAGCUGCUUUUUAUAUCUAUAGACUGCUAUCAAUUGAAAAGGCUAAUAUCAAAAGAAUUUAAGCCCAUGCCUUUGGUUCAUAUGUGUUUCCUGCAGUAAGGACAGUGACUGAAAUCAAGACCAUGGCAUGGCAAAACAUUGAUUUGCUUUUAGAGCCAAUUUACUAAAUUAUUUUUUAUUUCAGUGCUGAUAUAAAAAUGGCCAUAUUAAUAUUUGUAUUAAGCUAGUUGUAGAAUUAAUGUUUGACAAAGAAUCUGUUCGCACUUCAGAACCUGAUUGUUUUUGCAUUCUGUAAAUAGUUUUUUUUGUAAUGGUGAGGAAUGAAUAAAUUAUAGAUUACUUUGACACAAGAUAUGCUUAAAAGAAAUAUUUCUCUUUGCAACACUACAAUUAUUUAUUAAGUCAUGCAGAAAUUACUGUAUGAAACACUAGGAAAACCAGUUUCACUUUGUGGCACUAAAAAUAUGGACUGGGCUUCUGGCUUGAAGAUAAGCCAGUGAGAUCUGACUUCUCUUUACAUACAAAUUUAUUUAUAAUCAGUAGUCCUUUGGUGUGCAGAGGUAUCAGUUGUUGGACAGUACCUUCGGCUAGGAACUUCACCCUAUUUAUAAGAUCUAAUAGAUUAAGCCUAAAUGCAAUUGUAUUUCUAAGUGGAGUAACAUUACAAAAAUAGCAGUUGUCCCAAAUUUAUUUAUAGACACAGUGCUUGUGAUGAUGUCACUGCUGGCCUGUAAGUGUGUUACGUAAAUGCUCAAAGGAUGUUUAGUGUCACCUUAUAUCUGACUGAAGACAUUGUAAGGCUAAAAGCAAUAUUUUUUAUACUAAAUGUAUUAGAUGACAAUAAAACAAGUACAUUAACUCAG